AAAAUCAAACACAAUUAUUUUUAAGCAGCAAAAGAAAAUACAGAAGAACAAGAUGUUGUGACAGCGUAUUUACAACCUGUGACAAUCAUGUACGUGAGCUCUCUCUUGGAUAAAGAGAACAGCAUGUAUCCAGGAUCUGCAAGGGGGAACAACAACCUGCCAGUGCAGAACUUUGUGUCUACUCCACCCUAUUCAGAUUACAUGGGAUAUCAUCCUGUGCCAACUCUGGACACCCAUGGACAGCCUGCGGGAACCUGGGGAUCUCCCUAUGGCCCACAGAGGGAGGACUGGAACGCUUACGGCCCAGGACCUUCCAGCACGGUUGCUGCUGCACAGCUCAAUGGCUCGUCUCCUGGACAGGUCUCCUACAGUUCUGCUGAUUACAGCUCCCUCCAUCCUGCUGGAUCUGGGGGGUUACCUCCUGUAGAUACAAUUAAUACACAGCAAAUCUCUCCCAACAGCCAACGGCACAGCUCUUACGAAUGGAUGAGGAAAACGGUGCAAGCUAACACUACUGGUAAAACAAGAACAAAAGAAAAGUACCGAGUUGUUUACACAGAUCAUCAGAGACUAGAAUUAGAGAAGGAAUUUCACUGCAACAGAUACAUUACAAUAAGGAGAAAGUCAGAACUUGCAGCAAACCUGGGACUAUCUGAAAGACAGGUGAAAAUCUGGUUCCAGAAUCGACGAGCAAAAGAAAGAAAAAUGAUCAAGAAGAAAAUAUCUCAGUUUGAUGGCAGCGGGGGCUCAGCUCAGAGUGACUCUGGCUCACUCAGUCCAAAUGAAAUAUCUAGUUCUCUGUUCCCACCGCCACAUGGAAUAAAUGGAUUACAGCCUAAUGACAUUCAUCAAGUCAUAGUUUCAGAAUGAACAGAGGGGAAAAAAAAAAAAGGAAAAAAA